CACUGAUUGGCAGCACUGAUAGGUGGCACUGACUGGCAUUGAUAGGUGGCACUGACUGGCACUGAUGAUGGGUGACACUAAAAGGCAGCUCAGAUGGGCACUGAUAUGUGGCAUUGAUGUGGCACUGAUGGGCACUGAAAUGUGGCACUGAUGUGGCACUGAUGGACACUGGCAGGUGGCAUGGAUGAGCACAGAGCUGGUACUGAUGGACACUGACAGGUGGCACUGCUGGGGCUACACAGAUCAUCAGGGCACACUGAUCAUCACUGUCAGCGUGACAGCUCGUGAGGAGAGAAAUGCUGAUAACCGGAACUUCCCUGUUUACAUGUGAUCAGCUGUGAUUGGA